UCUGCUACUAUUCCUAAAAUGUCCCUAUAGUCCCAGAUGUCCGGCAUCACGCUCCAUGAUGUUUGAUUAGAAAAACACGGCUGUGUAAUUGAUUUCAUUCAGAGCUCCUCAGAUAAAAGGGUCAUUAGGUCAGGUGUUGGUGUUGGUGCACACACAUCCUAGUUUGGCAGUCUCCGUUGCAGGCCCAGUGGUGAACCUCUACAUACCUUACCAAAGUUUCUCUGACAGAGCGCAAGGGGCCCCAAAACCUUUAAUGCCCCCUUCCUAGGGGUAUAUAAAGAAGUCCCUCGCAAGCGUGCAUCAGUAAGUUGCUGACAGACGGGAACAUUCUGGAAACCUCAAUAGAGCAAGAAGCAACAACAAUGCCAACCAGCGCUCCCAGUACGAGGAUCCUGCCUGCAACUGGCAGACCUGGGACACAAUCUAAAGCUGCAGCUUCUUCCACAGGAAACAUUCCAGACUAUGAGCCAAACAUCCCUGAGCCCACGUGCAGAGCUGAUCUUCUAAAAUACUGGAUCAACCUUUCCCUGGAUGACAAGACGGCCAAUAAGAUGCUGUGGAUCACAGCGGGAGGAUCCCAGGUGUCCCGCAUGACUGAUGACGUCACCUGUCCUGUCCUGGACAGACCAGAGCGAUAUGAGCAUGUCCCUCAGGUGCUUUGCAAAGAAGGAAUCCUGGGAUUCCGUGGUUACUGGGAAGUUAAAUAUUCAGGAUGGGUGGUCGUUGGAGUCGCCCAUGAAGGGGCAGCGAGGAGGGGAAGUGACGGACCGUGUGGGCUGGGAGAAAAUGACCAGUCCUGGGGUCUUGGCUGGGGAGGAUCGCACUACCAGCUGUGGUUCAAUGGCAUCAACACAGAGAUCUGGGAUAUUCCCCAGUGCACCACCAUUGGGGUGUACCUCGACCAUCCGGCUGGCGUCGUCAGCUUUUAUGCCGUUGAAGAGGAAAAGGAGGAAGAGGAAGGCGGAGGCAGGAAGCAGAUCAGACUGCUGCGGCAGAUGAAAAGCUCCUUCAAGGGAAGAAUGAUGCCAGGUUUAUGGGUAGGACAAAAAUCAUCAUGUACAUUUGUUGAAAAAGAGCAAUGAAGUAAAAAAAGAAAGACAAAAUAAGCUACUUAUUGGCGAGGCAGUUUAGGGUUCAGUGCCUUGCCCAGGGACACAUCAGCAGGCAGAGUAGUAAAAGCAGGUAUGUAACCCACGACGACCAGCUCUACCACUGAGCCACCCUCACCUAGAAAAUAACAACAUUUAUACAUUUGUUAAGAAGCUGCUAUUUAGCCAUGUGUGCGUGCAAAGUGUUCAUACUGCCAACAAUGAAUGAUGAAUAUUGAUCACCAGUGUCAUAUCAUUUAUAUAUAUACAUAUAUUGUGUCAUUGUGUGCUUUAUAUUGUGGAAAUAUCUUUAUAAUCUGCACUUCAAAUAAAAUGUUUCAGUCUGUGUGACUUAUCAAAAUUAA